AUGUUUAAUGGGACUGGGGCCAAAAUUUUACCACCUUGCAACUCUAGCGCCACUCUAAAGCGGAUGGAUCUUACUAUAGAACAGUUCCAGGCGCAGCCAGAGCACACUCCCGCAUACGGGAACGUCAAUGGUGAAGGAGCUGGGCCGGAGCUGACGAGAUACCCCGUGUCAGAUGAUAUCUGUUGCCCUUUUGAGAGAACCAAUCAUUAUGCAGCUGUGACACAUUAG